UGUCUCAGAGACUCUGUCUAUUUUCAUUGUCCUUCAUUUCCAUUUUCAGUGUUGACUGUUAAAGUGUUUCAGCUUUCAACCAUUUUCGUAUCAGAUUCUGUUUCAGAUGGGAGGAAGAGGAGGAGUGUGCAAAGCAUGGGAGGAAGACAUUUAUUGGACACACUUUCAAUUCAUCCAUUUCACUCGAUUUCUCCGCUCUGAUUUUGAUCAACAACUUGAACUUCCCAAAACAUUUUCUGACAAUAUAAAGAAGAACUUGCCCGAAAGUGUGACCCUAAAAGGUCCUGGUGGAAUGCUGUGGAAUAUAGAGCUGACAACUAGAGACAAUACCUUGUACUUGACGCACGGUUGGCAACAAUUUGUGAAAGAACACUCUUUGAAAGAAAAUGAUUUCCUUGUCUUUAAGUACAACGGUGAAUCGUUGUUUGAGGUUUUAACCUUUGAUGGCGAGAGUUUAUGUGAGAAGGCAGCUUGUUAUUUUGUUCGAAAAUGUCAACAUGCAGUCAAUACUGAACAAGGGGGCGGAUGUUCUAGCCCGAAAAGGGACUCAGAUAAUUCUGUUGAAGAAGUUAAGACUCCCAAUGGUGUUGAUGAAGGUGUUUCACCUGAGAAAUCUUUGCAUCUUAACAGUAUCCGAGUGCCACUUGAUGUACCUAUUGAAGCUACCAAUGGCAAGACUUCUAAUGUUGGUGUUGAAUCAGCUUCCGCCGAGCAAUUCAUGUCUGACGUAAUUACUGAUACUGAGCCAAAAACUGCUCCCUCCCAAACAACUGGUAAACGGACGAGGAGGCCAUCAAAAACUCCUUCUAACGGUGUUGAUGAAUGUGUUUCACCUGAGAAAUCUUCGCAUCUUAACAGUAUCCGAGUGCCACUUGAUAUACCUCUUGAAACUACUAAUGGCAAGACUUCCAAUGCUGAUGUUGAAUCUGCUUCUGCUGAGCAAUUCAUGUCUGAUGCAGUCACUCAUACAGAGCCAAAAACUGUUCCCUCCCAAACAACUGGUAAACGGGCAAGGAGGCUUGUUUAUGCCGAUACGUCUGUCCCCAAUAAGAAGAGAGGAAGACCGACAAAAACCACUAAUUCUCACAAGAGAGCUCUUAAUUGUGAUUCUGGGGCUGAACUUUCUCCCAAGGUUUCUCCAAAGGCCUCUCCAAAGGUUGGAUCUGGGACGCAGGAACUAUAUACUUCAAAUAGAAGGCCUGUCACCAAAAAUGAGAUUGAAAAUACUCUUCAGUUGGCCCAGGCAACAUGUGCCGAAGACACCUUGCUUGUAACCAUGCGACCUACGCAUGUAUACAAGAAAUUCUUCGUGUCAUUCCCUAAUAAGUGGAGAAUAAACCAUCUUUCUUCGUCAUCUCAAAAUGUGAUAUUACGCAUGGGUAAGAUUGAAUGGCUUGGGAAGUACCGCUACCAUAAGACUCGUAGCAAUGGAGGACUUACAGGUGGAUGGAAACAUUUUGCGCUCGAAAAUAACCUUGAAGAGUUUGAUGUGUGUUUGUUUAAGCCCGCUGGUCAUAUGGACAAGACUUUGAUCUUAGAAAUGACCAUUUUUAGAGUUGUUGAGGAGAUUACUCCUCUUACUGCGGUGAAUUCUCCGGGAAAGAAGAGGUCAAUUAAGAAAACACCAACCGGUGUGAAUUCUCCGGGAAAGAAGUCAGUUAAGAAAACACCAACCGGGGUGAAUUCUCCGAAAAAGAAGAGGUCUAUUAAGAAAACACCAGUCAGGGUAAAUUCUCCGGAAAAGAAGAGGUCAAUUAAGAAAACACGAAGCGGUGCUGUCCAAACAGAACUUGAGUCCUUUGAACCACUAGUAAAGAAGAGGGGAGUUAACAUAACAUUGACCAGUGCUGUCCAAACAGAAAUUGACUCCAUUGAAGGUGCGUAGUUAUAUCGUCCGAAGAAAGUUACGCAAUAGUAUAUGUUAACGGUUGUGUUAGGAUGUGUAAUAUGAAAUGUGUUUGUAUUUUGGAUGUUAUGUUGGAUUGUAUAACUUGUUCAAUCUUCUGCUUCUACCUAGGUAAUUCACAUAUGUAUAAGUUAGCUUUUGAUUGCAACAACUAGACUUUUUAAGACUCAU